CACAGUGACAUGCACACACCUCUGUGCACAGACACACUGAUCGUCAGAACUUUGUGCGUUAAGUUGUGUCUUUUCUUGCUUCUUUUGGUUGUGUUUUGAGAGGGGAUUCACAAAAGCCACAUACGCAGGGUGUCCGUUUGACCCAGAAAGGCAGCAGACAAAAGUUUCUGGGAGGUGACAGAAAGAGACAGGUUGGACAGGCAGGCAAACAAAAUGCAGGGAGCGGUCAGGCCUGUGUCUGUGCUGGUAAUGGGGUGGGCCCUCGUGACCUUCCAGGUAUCUCCUGUGGAGCCAAAAAAUUUUACCCUGACCCAGGAGAACUUUGAUCUGGAGCAGUUUAUGGGAAAGUGGUAUGAGGUGGCAGUGGUGUCUACCUGCCCUCAUUAUAUGCAGCGUAAGAGGGGAAACCCUGUCAUUGUUGCACUUGAGCUGAAACAUGUUGCAUCUGAGGAGAACUUCACCAUGACAGCCACUGCUUUCAGGAACAGCUUGUGUACGGAGACUUCAACAGAUUACAGUUUGACGGACACUCCAGGGCGAUUCUUCUACCACACUGCAAGGCUCGGGGCCGACGUUGAUGCCUUUGUGGUUCAUACCACCUAUGAUGAGUAUGCUGUAAUGCUUCUGCUGAGCACAGAGAAACCAUCAGGAAAUAAAACCACCAUAGCCAAACUUUACAGUCGGACUGUGGAAGCAGGCCCCGCUGUGCUGGAUCACUUUAAAACAGUGGUCAGAGAGCAUGGAAUGAGAGACGAUGCUGUCAUCAUGAAUCAGGACAAAGGUGAGUGUGUUCCAGGUGAAAAGAUGACAGAGACACCUACUCAGGUUAUUGUUCCCAAAGGGUUAAAUAGAAACGCGGCUCCACGUACGACACAUCCCCAAGAAGAGUUCACUGUUACCAUCUGACCCUAUCCUUACCAUCCUCCUCUGUCAGAUAAAUCCUCUGCAUGUCCUCCUUCACUAUAUCCAUGGAUCUCCUCUUUCACUCCUGCCUGGCAGCUACACGUUCAACAUCCUUUGCCAAGUAUAUCCACUAUACUUCCUUUGCUUAUAUCUAAACCGUCUCAGCCUUACCACUCUAACUUUAUUUCUGAACUGCUCUACCUGAGCUGUCCCUCUGUGGUACACGUUUCUAAUCCUUUCUAUUCUGGUCAAUCCCAAUAAAAACCUGAGCAUCUUCAGCUCUACCACCUUGAGCUCAACCUCGAGCUGGCAGACCUCGAGGUCUUUUUGUCAGUGCCACUGUCUCCAAACCAAACAUCAUACCGGGUAUGACUACCAGCGUUUAAACCUUCCUUUUACUCUUGCUGCUAUCCAUCUGUCACAAAUCACCCACUCGACUUUGCCUCCACUCUCUUGUUAACUGUUAAUAUAAAUAAAAAAUAUGUAAAUGUAAAAAAAAUGCAAUAAGGAUGUUGUGUUUCUGUCAAAUUUGAGCGUUUUAAUAAAUAUAUAUUUGCUAUAUAUUUUAAUAUACAGCUGGUACAUAGUCCAAAA